AUGUCUCCCUCCAAAGUUCCAGUGUCCGCUGAGCAGACCAUCCGCCAAGAACUCGCAUUGAGCGAGGACGUGGUGACCAUCCGCAGAAACGCGCCCGCCGCGCUGCUGUACGAAGACGCACUCCGCGAGCGCAAGACCGCGGUAGCCGCGUCCGGCGCGCUGAUCGCGUACUCCGGGUCCAAGACCGGGCGGUCGCCACGUGACAAGCGCAUCGUCGACGAGCCCACGUCCACGGACCACAUCUGGUGGGGCCCCGUCAACAAGAAGUGCUCGCAAAAGACGUGGCUGGUCAACCGCGAGCGCGCCGCAGACUACCUGCGCACGCGCGACCACCUCUACAUCGUGGACGCGUACGCCGGGUGGGACCCCCGCUACUGCAUCAAGAUCCGGGUCGUGUGCGCGCGCGCGUACCACGCGUUGUUCAUGACCAACAUGCUGAUCAGGCCCACGGAAGAAGAGCUCCGCAACUUUGGCGAGCCCGAGUUCACCAUCUGGAACGCCGGCCAGUUCCCGGCCAACACCCACACGGAGGGCAUGACCUCCAAGACCACGGUCGAGAUCAACUUCCAGCAGAUGGAGAUGGUGAUCCUGGGCACCGAGUACGCGGGCGAGAUGAAGAAGGGCAUUUUCACCGUGAUGUUCUACCUGAUGCCCAUCAACCACAACGUUCUCACCCUGCACUCGUCCGCCAACCAGGGCAUCCACCGCAACGACGUGACGCUGUUCUUUGGGCUCAGCGGCACGGGCAAAACCACGCUUUCCGCAGACCCUCACCGCCAGCUCAUCGGCGACGACGAGCACUGCUGGUCCGACCACGGUGUGUUCAACAUCGAAGGUGGGUGCUACGCCAAGUGCAUUGGGCUUUCCGCCGAGAAGGAGCCCGAGAUUUACAACGCCAUCAAGUUUGGUUCCGUGUUGGAGAACGUGGUGUUCGACCCGCUCACGCGCGAAAUCGAUUACGACGAUGGCAGCAUCACGGAAAACACGCGCUGUGCGUACCCCAUCGACUACAUCCCCAGCGCCAAGAUCCCAUGUCUGGCCAACGAGCACCCUCAGAACAUCGUGCUGUUGACGUGCGACGCGUCCGGUGUGUUGCCACCCGUGUCGAAGCUGACGCCCGAGCAAGUGAUGUACCACUUUAUCAGCGGGUACACUUCGAAAGUCGCCGGUACCGAGGAAGGCGUCACGGAGCCCGAGGCCACGUUUUCGUCGUGUUUCGGACAACCCUUCUUGGCGCUGCACCCCAUGAAGUACGCCACCAUGCUUGCGACCAAGAUGGCCCACCACAACGCCAACGCAUGGCUUCUCAACACGGGCUGGACUGGCGCCAGCUACGUGUCUGGCGGGAAGCGUUGUCCACUCAAGUAUACGCGUGCUAUCCUGGACGCGAUCCAUGACGGCAGUCUGGCACAAGCCGAGUAUGAGACGCUCCCCACUUUCAACUUGCAAGUGCCCCGCGAAGUGGCCAACGUUCCCUCUUCGCUACUGAAUCCCGCCAACAACUGGUCUGAGGGCAAAGCCCAAUACACCAAGGCGGUACGUGGACUGGCUGAGAAGUUUGUCGAGAAUUUCAAGACGUACCAGGACAAGGCCACGACCGAGGUGUUGGCGGCAGGUCCUGUGUUGUGA